AUGGCACCCCCUGGUCCCAGGUGGUGGCAGGCUACCGACGAAGCCGACCUCGAUUACGGAUUCGAGUCUGACGAUUUUACUAGAUUCGCCGAACCUGACCGCACUGCCCGCUUGACUUCACAAGGUCCACGAGAUAAGAGAGAUCGAGACAUUGAACGCCGCGAUACCGAGACAGAAAAUCGAGGUGUUGUCAAGAAUAUGUCGUCUUGGUUUCAGCGCCAGGCUGGUGCACAAAGUGCUCAGCUUGCGACCACUGCGGUUCUAUCCGGCGCUGCUGUUGCGGGUGCGAUUUUUGGAUACCAGGCUUAUCGACGGAAGGAGGCCGUUGAUGAGUUAAAGUCUUCGAUUCCUGACCUUGACGAGCAGCAUCAUGCGGAGAAACUAACAACAUUUGGUGUCGCCGAUACCGCGAUUCCCAUGAGCAAGGAAGAUGAGCGCAGUGCCAUGCUGGCUCGCCGUGCGCAACGAGGAGAUUAUGAUGAUGACCUGAUCCUCGAACAACUUGCUCGCAACCGCGUGUUUCUUCAAGAUGAAGGCCUCGCGAAGCUCAGGUCCUCCUUUAUCGUGGUCGUCGGAUGUGGUGGUGUUGGGUCGCAUGCAGCCGCCGCGCUGGCCCGGUCUGGUGUGGCCAAGAUUCGAUUGAUUGAUUUUGAUCAAGUCACACUCUCCUCACUCAAUCGCCAUGCGCUAGCCACAUUAGCGGACGUUGGAACACCAAAAGUACACUGCAUUCGCAGACGAUUGGAGCAGAUUGCGCCAUGGGUGAUAUUUGAUUGUCGCAACGAGCUAUUUGGCAAGGAGGCUGCGGAUGAUCUCAUUGGGCCUUGGACCUUGACGCACGAAGGCGAGGGCCGUCGGCCGGACUACGUGCUCGACUGCAUUGACAACAUCACCUCGAAGGUCGAUCUUUUGCACUACUGCCACAAGAACUCGUUGCCAGUGAUCUCAUCUAUGGGUGCUGGCUGCAAGUCGGACCCGACUCGUGUGGUCGUGGGUGACAUCUCUCUCAGCACUGAUGAUCCCUUAUCACGCAGCACGCGUCGUCGACUGAAGGCUCUCGGCGUGAGCUCUGGCAUCGCGGCAGUCUUUUCCACCGAAAAGCCUGGCCCCGGCAAAGCAAGCUUACUUCCUCUUCCAGAGGAAGAGUUCGCCAAGGGUCAGGUCGGUGAACUGGGCGUCCUUCCCGACUUCCGAGUCCGCAUUCUCCCUGUGCUGGGAACUAUGCCCGCUGUUUUCGGCUACACCGUGGCCAAUCACGUUAUCUGCAGUGUUUCUGGAUACCCUAUUGAGUAUAAUAUGGGUGGAAAAGGUCGUGACAAGAUGUAUGACGCUACUGCAGCAUUCCUACAAGGCUUCAUGGAAAAGAUGGCUCGCCAGGUUGGGGGACAAGACUCUACCGGCCUGCGUCUGCCUAUCAGCAAGGACGAUAUUCAAUUCUUGAUGGAGGAGGUAUGGCGUGGCAAGAGUGCUAUCACCGGCUUGUCGAAUCGACUUGUUCUGAUUCCCUGGGAAACGCCAGCCCGGGGCUUCAGCAUGGAUCUGACAUAUGAGCAGGACGGCCAGAAGUACAUGCCGAUUGAUUUGAAGGAGUUGGUAUGCAUGACCAAGGAUGAAGCCACUCGACAUGAGCGCGAGGUUCUUCGUAAAGGUAAAAAAGUGGAGGAAGUAUACGAUGAGAUCGUUAUCCAGCGGGUUCUGUUGCGCAGGAAGGAGGAGUACUAUCAUGCAAGCGCAGCCCCUGGGCGCUUCAAACGUCUCUCGCGUCCUCUAAUCGACUCCGUUCGAAACGGUUGGCAGUCACAUUCCAACCCCGCCUACCAUUCCGUCUCCUCUUCCCCAGAUUCCAAGAACCCGGGAUUGAUGGAAAUAGCCAUAUCGGUCGUCUCCGCGCCGCGAUUCCGCCGAUAUCUUCUCGUCUACCUUACGCUGUUCACACUAGGUUGGGCGGGCUGGGCGUUCGUGUUGUCUCCGACACUUCAAGACCGUGAGAUUCUCGCGCAAUCGCUAGAUCCUCUGCAAAUGGAUACGGGCGGGACAUUUGGAUCGAAUUCGGUGCCUACAUUUGACCAUCUGAUUCGAAUUGGGACUUUGGAUCCUGCGCUGGUGCCUGGUGCCGAGGCGGUAGCGGAAGGUUUGAGGAGUGGGAAGCGAUUGAUCAUGAUUGGUGAUGUGCAUGGUUGCAAGGAAGAGCUGGAGAAGCUCCUUGAAAAAGUCAAAUUCUCUCGCGAAGACGGCGACCAUCUCAUAUUUACUGGCGAUCUUAUCAACAAGGGACCUGACAGCGGCGGCGUUGUGGAUUUGGCCCGAGAAUUCGGGGCUUCGAGCGUCCGUGGCAAUCACGAGGACCGCAUCCUUCUUCAGCGGGACGAUAUCGAAAAGGCUAACGAGACAGCUACUGCCGAGGGCAAGGAUAAUGCUGAGUUCUUCUCGUCGAAGGAACUUCUUGAGCGCUCCCUGGCUCGUUCUUUCAGCAAGGAGCAGAUUGACUGGUUGAACUCGUGGCCCGUUAUUCUGAAAGUUGGCCAGGUCCCCAACAUGGGCCAGGUGGUCGUUGUUCAUGGAGGUUUGGUCCCUGGCGUGGACCUUGAGAAGCAAGAUCCCUCUACUGUGAUGACCAUGCGGAGUAUUGACAAGAAGACCCAUGUACCGAGCUCGGAUGGCAAUGGAGUGAAAUGGGAUAAGAUGUUUGACAAACACCAACAGAUGGUCCUCUCGGACCUCCAGUCAUCGUCUGAAGAUCCCCGUUCUCAAACAAUGACUGUGAUUUACGGCCAUUAUGCCAAAGCAGGCCUGAGUAUUCGUGAAUACACAAAGGGUCUUGACUCUGGAUGUGUCAAGGGUGGCAAGCUCACCGCAAUGGUCAUUGAGGAUGGCGGCAAGCAGAGCAUCGUGCAAGUGCGCUGCAAGAACUAUCUGAAGGAUUGA